GAAGGAGGAGUCUGGCUCGAUGUCUCCUGGAAUCAAGGACUGACCCCCACCACACCCUCAGUCCGGCAGAAGCCGGUUCAGGUUCAGGCACAUGAGCAACCCAGAGAGAGAAAAACACCAGGAGAGGGGAGCGGGGAGAGGGAGAAGGAACUGAGCUGAGGAAGGGAAUGAGAAGCCAAGGCGUUUGGUGGGGAGAGAAAAAAUCUCAGCCGGAACAAGGAAACGAGCUUAUCAACAACAAUCCAAAGGAGAGAGAGAGCCAGCUGUGAUGAGAGAAUAGCCUGGCAAAGAACACUCCAGGGAUCUCUUUACAAAACUGAGCCAGAAGGAAGAUCUAAGAUAGUGCUGCUGAUUAGACUGACUCUGUGAUAGACGCGUGGGAGCUGAACAAACAAGAUCAAACCAGUCGCUUUCCUCGCGCUAUUGUGACUCUCCUCCUAGACUUCAGGGGAAACUUUGCAGAAGGAAACCGUCGAAACGUGUGAGAGAGAAAGAAAGGAAUUCCUCGCCAUCAGGAGCUGUGAUUGGAGCUCCCACCUCAUAGACAGGAAGAUCAGCUUGGACCAAAAAAUGGUUAACUACUAGCACGCAUAUACCAAAGGGCAAUAGAGAGAGCCAGCUCAGUCUUAGCAGAAUUGGUGCGAGAACCAAGGUAGGCUGAACUAGAAUUAAGAAAGAGAUACAUCUAGUUUGGAUAUCGGAGAGAAGGACUAGCUCUGAAAGGUAAUUGAGACACUUUGAUUCUCAAAAUAGAAGUCCAGUAUCAAAGUCUAUACAGAAAAGGGCUGCACCCAUAAGUACCAAAUUGGGGCUACAAAAACCAUUCUAGACACUUUGCACCUUGCAUAGGCCCUAUUCCAAAGGAUUCAAGAACAUAGUUGGAUCACCAGGAAUAGAACUAGUGCGGCUCAAAUUCUGGGAGAACCAAAUCCAAAGCCUAAAAUCUUGUGUGGGAAUCUAUCACAAGACUCCAGGGUCUGCCUUGGAAGCCAGAACAUCAUGGAGGAUGGAGCACGCCGACGAGGUGGUGCUGAGAAGAAUUCAACUAACUCAGAUAAAUCAGACGGCGGUGGUGUCGCACUCAAGAAAGAGAUUGGACUGAUGAGCGCGUGCGGCAUCAUUGUGGGUAACAUAAUUGGAUCAGGAAUCUUUGUAUCACCAAAGGGAGUGUUGGAGAAUGCUGGCUCAGUAGGUUUGGCGUUGAUUGUGUGGAUUGUCACUGGUCUGAUCACAGCUGUAGGAGCGCUAUGCUAUGCAGAACUGGGAGUCACCAUCCCGAAGUCUGGAGGAGACUAUUCCUAUGUCAAAGACAUCUUUGGAGGACUGGCUGGGUUUUUGCGGUUAUGGAUUGCUGUGCUGGUGAUCUACCCCACCAAUCAGGCAGUAAUUGCCCUCACUUUCUCAAACUAUGUACUUCAGCCACUUUUUCCCACUUGCUUUCCCCCAGAAACUGGACUGCGGUUGCUAGCUGGUGUUUGUCUUUUACUGCUGACCUGGGUGAACUGUGCUAGUGUACGUUGGGCCACACGUGUCCAGGAUAUCUUCACAGCAGGAAAACUGCUGGCACUGGGGCUCAUCAUUGUCAUGGGAGUCGUGCAGAUCUGCAAAGGUGAAUACUUCUGGCUGGAGCCAAAACAUGCCUUUGAGUUCUUCCAGACGCCAGAUGUGGGACUGGUGGCACUCGCCUUUUUACAGGGCUCUUUUGCCUACGGGGGCUGGAACUUCCUCAACUAUGUCACAGAAGAGCUUGUUGACCCUUACAAGAACCUGCCUCGUGCCAUCUUCAUCUCCAUUCCCCUGGUCACCUUUGUCUACGUCUUCGCCAAUGUGGCUUAUGUCACUGCCAUGUCACCCCAAGAGUUGCUGGCCUCUAAUGCUGUUGCAGUGACAUUUGGGGAGAAGUUAUUAGGCGUCAUGGCUUGGAUCAUGCCAAUUUCUGUUGCCCUUUCCACAUUUGGAGGAGUCAAUGGAUCACUCUUCACUUCCUCUAGGCUCUUUUUUGCUGGAGCACGGGAAGGACACCUCCCCAGUGUACUGGCUAUGAUUCAUGUGCGACGCUGCACUCCCAUCCCUGCCUUACUCUUCACUUGCCUCUCAACAUUGCUGAUGCUGGUUACAAGUGACAUAUAUACCCUGAUCAAUUAUGUGGGCUUCAUCAACUACCUCUUCUAUGGGGUGACUGUGGCUGGCCAAGUUGUGCUACGCUGGCGGGAACCUCACCGACCUCGUCCCAUCAAGGUGAGCCUGUUCUUCCCCAUAAUUUACCUGCUGUUCUGGGCCUUCCUGUUGGUGUUCAGCUUAUGGUCAGAACCCGUGGUUUGUGGCAUUGGUCUGGCCAUCAUGCUGACAGGAGUCCCUGUCUACUUCCUGGGGGUGCACUGGGAGCACAAACCACCCGCCAUCCACACAUUUAUUGAUGUAGUCACGCGGGCAGGACAGAAGCUUUGUCUUGUUGUGUAUCCAGAGAUGGGUACAGAGCAACCAGAAAACAACCUCAGUAAAGAGACCAAAGAGCAACUUGAGCCAAUGUGUGGAACCGAACCCCUCAGCACUGAGCUAUUUUACUCCCUGGGAGGGGAGGAGCAGCAGCCAGCCACGGACUGCACAGUGCCGCCUCUGUUGGGUUUGAAAUGAAUUGGAGCACCUUGCUCCCACUUUGCUCUUUACAGCACCACAUCCUUGGACUGGAAUGGCUGUGAAUGCCUCACUGUCAACCCUUUCCUUCCAGUGGCAAAGCCUUGCUGGGUCUGGUGAACCCACACUCGCCAUUCCCCACCUUCAGUGCCCUUUGCUGGAGCUGGAAAAAAAAAACCGGGAGCUUUCUUCACAGCCUGCAGUCCCACAGUCAGGUCCCCUCACACCCUGCUGGAAGGGGCUCCCUUGUUGUUGCCUUAUAUUGCUGGAAUAUUUUCAUUGGUUUUGAACCUCAUUGGGAGGGAAAGUCAGUCCCUCUCAGUUUUUGUGUCCUUGUAUUUUUCACUUCUCUCUUUUUCUCUUUUUUUGAUGUAAUAAAUUAAACUGAACUUG